AUGGCGUUCUUCUUCAAUCGUGGCCGGUCGCGGCAACCAGCGGACGUGGCCCGCUCCACAAAGGAAUUGUUGCUCAGGCUCCAGGAGGGCCCCAGCAACCCCAAGGCCGACGAGGAGCUGGCAAAGCAGCUCAGCCAGAUGAAAGUGAUUGUGCAAGGAACCCAAGAGGUCAACACAUCGCCCGACCAGGUUCACGCGUUGGUCCAGGCGACCCUCCAGGAAGAUCUGCUUUAUGAUUUAUCGCGAAAUAUCCACCUGCUCCCGUUCGAAGCCCGAAAAGAUACGCAGACCAUCUUCUCCCACAUCCUACGCUUCCGCCCCGCCUCGUAUUCGACCGACAAAGAUCCCCCAGUCAUCUCGUACAUUGUCCACCAUCGGCCAGAGAUCCUUGUUGAACUAUGUCGCGGCUAUACAGAAAGUCAGAGUGCAAUGCCAUGUGGUGUCAUUCUUAGGGAGGCCCUCAAAUUCGACGUGGUCACCGCGGUGGUAUUAUAUGAUCAAUCACACGAGGGAGAGCCCGCGGUCCGGCUCUCGGACCUGAAGCCCAACCUGCCCCAGAAAGGGGACGGAGUGUUCUGGAAUUUCUUUGAAUGGAUUGACAAAAGCAAUUUCGAAGUCAGCGCCGAUGCAUUCACCACGUUUAGGGAAAUUUUGACCCGCCAUAAGAGCCUUGUGACAGCAUAUCUAGCCACCAACUUCGAAUUGUUCUUUGGGCGAUUUAAUAACCUCCUUAUCCAGUCCGACUCCUAUGUGACCAAGCGACAAAGCAUCAAGCUGCUGGGCGAAAUCCUGUUGGACCGCGCCAACUAUAAUGUGAUGAUGGCCUAUGUGGAGAGCGGGGAGAAUCUCAAGCUCUGUAUGAAACUGUUGCGCGAUGAUCGCAAGAUGGUGCAGUACGAGGGGUUCCACGUUUUCAAGGUAUUUGUGGCCAAUCCGAACAAAUCGGUGGCGGUGCAGCGAAUUCUCAUUAACAAUCGGGACCGGCUGCUGAGAUUCUUGCCUAAAUUCCUGGAAGACCGGACGGAUGACGACCAGUUCACAGACGAAAAGAGCUUCCUGGUGCGCCAGAUCGAACUCCUUCCCAAGGAGCCCGUCGACCGGAGCCGGCCUUCUCGGGAAUCCCAGCCCGGGGCCAACACCGCCGCAGUGGCUUGA